AUGGGUGAUUCGAAGGAGGUAUUGUCUUUUAGUGGAUCGGCGAAGAUUAAUGGUUAUGGAUUUCCUAGCGAUACAUCUAAAUGUGUUGGGGGUGAUCCUCGAAGGUGGGCACAACUGCCAGAUUUAGAUGGCAUCAUGUCAAAACCGAGUGAGACACCUCUUACCGAAUCCGUAGUGGCGGAAUUCACCGGUCUGGACCCGAUAAGUAGAGACCUUCUGUCGUGUUAUUUGGAUCGGAAUACAAAUGUUAGUGUCUAUUUCCAGAACGGCUGGCAAAAAUGCCUGAACCCUGCUUACGAACCUGGUGUUACGAUCCAGUUGUUGCCCGAAGGUCAUCAGAUGCAGCAGAAAGGACUACCUCCCAUGACCGACUUCCCCGUUUCGACGCAGCUGUCAGAACCUUCUAGUGAGAUCAAACGGCCUUAUUUUCGCUCCGGCGCCAUUCGACGAGACUGUUUCCUGUACUUCUACCUGCCGGUCGACUGCCCUUGCGGCCUGGCCUGUCAGAACUGGUUCUGCCCAUUCGCACACAGCUCUCUGGAGAAAAUGUUUCACCCUCUCAUCUACCGCACGGAGCCAUGCAGACGAGGUGUUAAGUGCUGCAGAAGACAGUGCUCUUUCUUACACUCGAUUGAAGACGACAUCGAGGCGACCAACCUCUGGACGAUCUGGGAGCAGCACUGGCAAGGCUAUCGGGACACAAGUCCGUGCUCUUGUGUACAGCCCGCAGUCACAACCUCGCUGCAGGCUGCCCCACUUCCCGAGGUUGUCACUGGGCCCCCAGGGGGGGGCAUGCCCCCGGCUGUGGCUCUGUCGGGGGGGUCCAAGGGAAAGAAAGAAAUACCAGGUCUGCUGAGCCAAAAUGCGAAUGCGGUGACGCCGGCCGACUUCUCGGCUGCGCCCAAUGCCUGGGAAGGAGAGCUGCCGCAGUUUUGUCCGGUGCACAUGUGUCAUCCGCAGGAAGUGAUAUUAGACUACGUGCAGCAAAUAGUUCAGAACCCGCGGGAGGCGAUUAGGUUGCGUAGCAGCAUCAGCACGGUAACCUCGAUCCGCAUCAACCGCGCGACGCCGAAAGAGAAGGCGAGGCUGAAGGAAAUUUUCGCCAAGACGGGGCCAUACACCGGUUUCGAGCAGUACUGUUACAGCCAGGUGCUGAACCCGCUGCUAAAUCACCCAUAUUUCGCCAAGUUGCCGAGACUGGCGUGCGACGAGAUCCUGCGGCUGGAAACGAAAUGGAACGCACAACUCCACCUAGACGAUGAGGACCCACCUCUAGACGCAACGGCACAUCACCGCAUUGCAGGUCCGGGGACUGGCGAGCCCCCGCAAAUUACGGAACAAGAGAACUCCGAGUUGCGAAAAAAACUUGCCGAACUCGUACGCCUAAAGCUAGGCGUCUACGAAAAGAGACAACUGCUCAAGCAGUACUGGAUGGACAUCAUCAAUUCCUGCCGUGAGACCCGCAUGAACACGCCUGAGAUGAUGAAUAAAAUCGCCCUGAAACAGGCCUUUCCCCGCUACUCACUCAGCAAGAGCCAAGAAGCCAUUUCUACCUCGGUGCUGAACGCGAGAGACGACCCAGAGGGAGACCUGAUUGGAAUGCAGAUCGGAACGACAGGACAGUUAGGUGGUCAACCCUCGAGCGGACAACGGAAUGGGUCGUAUUUGCGGCAGCAGAUGUCCAUCGUGUCUGGUUCCCUUCAGCCAAUCGACUCUUCCCGAUCCGGUUUUGGCGCUGCUCUUUCUGGACCAGGUUUCGUUGGUGGGGUGAUCGUGAACGGUGCUCUGGUUCCUCCACCGCCACCUCCGCCUCCUCCGCCUCCAACCACCGCGCCCAAGGAAGCAGCCUUGAGUGCCGUCACGUCGGUCACGGCUCAUGCGAAGGCACCUGAGCUAUCCCGCCCCAUUAUUGGAACCGGGCAGCUCGAAGGCCGAACGCCCCUGCUGCCAUUUCACGAUGCACCUGUGUCACCGUUGUAUGACACAGCCAACGUCCCCGCACCUUUCCACCAGCGAGGGGACUCACUGGGGUCCACCCAGCGCUAUGCACCCCAUAUGAGAUACGGAAUGAACAUGGGAACGAAUACGGGAACGAAUGUGGGUAUGAACUUGGGGAUGAACAUGGGAAUGAACAUGGACUUGAAGCGGGUGGCUUCGGCUGCUAGUCGCCCUCCACAUCAAGAUUUUUGGUCGGCGUCCGUCGAGGAGUUCAAACGAAGGAGCACACAAAAGCUGCUAUCGGCAGAAUCCGUCGGCUUGGCUCCCGGCUAUAGGCUCAGAAGUCAGGAGCUCGUUAACCACUAUCGCAUCGCCUCUGGAGAGGAUUUGGAUCUACGCCCGCCGCCACCGCAGACUGAUAACCGGAAUGCACCUCGCGUGCGUUCCGAUCACGCUGUUACAUACGAAGAUCUUGUUUAA